AUGGCAGCCAUUCUGAGUUGUUGUGGAAAAACAUUAAUAAUUGACCAAUUACUUACGUUAUGGCCGUCGGAAAAAGAAAUAAUUACAAUGGAUGAAGCUUACAGCUUAUAUCUCAAAUACUAUUCGCCACCUUUAGUUUGCGAAUUAUCCAAAGAUGACGAAAAGAUAUUUGAACAGAUUGAGCCAAAAACCAUUUUUGAUUGUUUGAAAAAUUCCGGGUUCGAAGAUGCUAUUCCGGGAAUUGAGAAAUAUUUAUUAGAAAAUAAUUUAUUGAAAGAAAAUCAUUUUAAUGUUCAUUCUUUUUUAAAACAAAUGCAACGGACUCGUGAGGAACUAUUAAACAAGCAGCUGCUGAGGGUACAGAGUGUCAUAAAGGAAGAUGCAGAAGCUGAAGAAGCUGAAGAUGAAGUAGAAGUAGAAGUGAAAGAAACAGAAAUCGUUAAGAAGGCUUAUGGAUUCUUCAUAACAACACCAACGCUCAUAUCUGUCAAAACGAAAAUUAGAAUAUCGAAAGAGAUCAAAGGGACGAUAACACUGAGAUUAGGACGAAAUUCUGAUAUGAUAUUCACAGAUGAGAAUCAUCCAUAUGAAUAUGAUGUUGUAGCUAUUGUUGUCUCGGAGACAAAUGAAUUUCUUGGAAUCACUAAUAGUAUCAUUGAUAAUGAGGUGUAUACAACAGAUGAGAUUGUGCUUAAACCAAACUCAUCUAUCUAUGUGAUAUCAUUAGGCACAUCUAUACCUAUACGACGACGAUCGAAUGUAGCGAAAUUACAAAAUGCUGAUGGACGUCUUACAAAGAACUUCAAAAUGGUCCUUAUGAACAUCUUCGACUUGUUUGAUUUCAAUGGAGACGGCUUACUGUCUUCUAUGGAAUUCAAUACGUUUCUCUUUGUUUCCGGCGAUGAAGUCAUUUCCAAUGAAAGAGACUGGGACGAUCUUUUGGAAAUGUUCGAUUCGAGGGACAAUUGUCUAACUGUCGCUGGAUUCAUUGAGUUACAGCAGAUGGAAAUGAGCGUUGGCGAAGAGAAUGCUGUCAAAGAUACAUUUGUAUCAUUGAAACACCUAGGAUACACGGAUGAUCUCAAGCUUAUACAUGGCUGUCCAUACAUCUUAGAAGUCAUAUCAGUAGAUGACUUUGAAUUAGAAUCUGAUGCAUCACGUCUAGAUGUGAAUGAUCGUAAUCUGAUCCUCAGCAUACUUUACAAAUUAGGUAGAAGGAACAAGAAAUCGGAUAUCGUGUUGAGCUUCUUCCAAACCUCCUACUUCGGCAUGGCCAUUAGUAGGAAAGAAGAUAUAGUUAAUGAUGAGUCCUUUCAAAUAGUUCUUAAUGAGGAGAAGAACGUUAAGAUGACGUUCUUAGAAGGCAAGACUGAUAUACGACCGGUUAACUCAUCAACUGAUUGGAUUCUCUUCUUGGCGUACUCUAUCACGCAACCUGAUCAUCGCAUUGAUUUUUCUAUACGAAAACAAGAAAAAUAA